AAAAAGAAAGGAAAAAAAACUUCUCUUUUGUCACUUCUCACUUUCCCGAGAAAAUGCCGAAGAAAAGGCGGGUACCGGAGGUACUAUGGCGACUAUUCCGCCACCGCGCGCGGACGCUCGCUUCCACAAUCGUGUCGCUCGUUUCUCCUCCUCCGCCGUCCUCGUGCUCGUGCUCGCGCACAGGUUCACAAUGCCUCAGUUGUAGUGGCUCCGAAGCGAUGUCGUUUUUGGUGAGAAAAGAGGAUCCUCAAGAGUACGUGAAGCUCUUGAAUAAGUGCUUCGUUGUGGCCUCUGAAAACGCUCCUCCUCUCUCUCCUUUCCAAUCUCACUCUCGCUGGCCCCAAUCUCAGAUUGUGCAAAGGACCAUUGAAAUCAUGAUGCAUGAGCAAUUCAACUCUAUCAAUGUAAUUUGCAAGGCUUAUGAUAAGAUUAAUCGUGCAAGUCCCAUUGUAGAACUUCUAUCUUCUUCAGCUUGGUGUCUUCUUUCACAAAGGGUUGGGGAUGAUGUCAUGGUUUAUCUUUUAAAGUAUACAUCAAUAUUUUUGCCAGUUUCUUCUAAGAAGCACCAACAAGUAACAGGUCCUCCUAUAAGUGAUUUAUGCCCCAAGCAGUCAAAAAAGCGAACAUUGGAGUCUCAGCAUCAACAUACUUCACUUGAUAAAUGUGGAUCCAAAAAGAAGAGGGCUUUAGUUGACAAUGUUAACCCAGUGCUAGAGAUACAGAAAUGCAGUAAUUCUUCUAGUGUUGAUGAUCCAUCAACUUCAUUAGAUCAUGUUGGCUCCAAUGUUAGGAGUUCUUCAAGUCCAAGAUCAUUUAGUCGGCUUCAUGGAAACAAGCGUUCUCAAGCGAGUUCAUCAGAAGUAGCUAUACCAAUUUCUGGAACUGUUACCAAUAAUACUGAAGGGGAUUUAAAUGAGAAACUUCAAGAAAGCUCAAAUCACACAGCUGCAAAGUUUGGAAAGCGUUCAAGGCCAUUUAGUUGGCAGCGUCGCAGAAAUAGAAGGCGUUUAAAUUUUGAAGAAACCAGCUCUUUUGCAACAAUUCAUAUGGAUAAAGAUGGCGUAUCUGGGAGGCUCCAGCAUGAUGCAAAUUCUAGCUUAAAUAGUUCUGAAAAGAUGCCUUGUUUUUCAGUAUCACAAGCUCCCAAGCCCCUGGUAGUUGCCAAAGGGGCUCGUAUUAACAGGAAAUUCAUGUUUUAUAACAGGGAAUGUUCUUCAUCAGUUUUUCCAGCAAAGCAUAUACUAAAUUCUCUGAAGCCCAAUUUUUCUGGUGCAAAUUUUCUUAUUGGCGAUAUCUUUGGCUUAAAUGCAACUCAGGAAAUGCUGUGCAAAUCAGCAUGCCUGUACCGCUCACUCGUUAAGUUGCUUAAGAAGCUCAUACGCAAGGCACAGCGUUGCCAACGUCUGAGAUUAUUGGAUAAGCAUUGCGCUGUUCCAACAUUGGAUGCUACUGUAAAAUCUGGCACUAACUUUGAGGGGAAUGAAUCAGAGAAAAAUGUUCCUGAGAACUCUCAUGGAUCUAAUACUUCGUAUUAUGUGGAUAUUGAACCUCAGUUUGAAGCAAAUAAGUCUUAUUGCUUGAGAAGUCAGGUAGAGUCAUUUAUAUGGGCAGUUAUUAGGAGUGUAGUUCCCAGAGAAUUGCUAGGUUCCUGUCAUAACUGGAGAAUGUUUAGGAGGAAUAUUGCCAAGUUUAUUAAACUUCGAAGAUUUGAGAAGUUCUCAUUAAAGCAAUGCAUGCAUAAAUUAAAAGCAUCAAGUUUCCUGUUUCUAUCAACUGAACAAUUUUCCUGUUGCUUGAGUAAUCAAGUGCUAAAAUGUACAACGGGGGAGAGUAUAGACAUGCAUAAGGGAUCCAGAAUAUUGGACAACGCCACACAUGUUUUGAGACAUAAACUUCUGGAGAGCUGGAUCUUUUGGCUCUUUUCAUCUCUAGUGGUGCCACUGGUGCAAGCAAACUUCUAUGUCACUGAAAUUGAGCAUGGGAAUCAAGAUCUAUAUUAUUAUAGGAAAUCAGUUUGGGAGAAGUUGAUAAAUAAGUCUGUCACUUGCUUGAAAGAUCAGGGCUAUAAUGACUUGGAUGCUGCGACUGUUAGACAUAUUAUAAAAAAAAGAUUAUUUGGUUUCUCGAAGCUAAGAUUUCGUCCAAAAGAAGAUGGAAUGAGGAUGCUGUCAAAUCUAAAAGCAUCAUCAAGAAUGCCAUUACGAAAGUCCUCUUUGGAAGAUAAAUCUUGUGGAAUGCAUGGAAAAGGAAAAUUUUGUUCCAAGAAAGUUGAAUUUAAUUAUUUCAAGUCUGUAAAUCUUGUUCUUCGUGAUACACAUGCUGUUUUAAAAGGUAUACAGUUGGAAGAACCUGAGAAGCUGGGAGCAUCAGUUUUUGAUUACAAUGAUGUCUACAGAAAGUUAUGUCCGUUUCUAAUUGGUCUGAAAAAUAGGUUGGUAACCGUGCCUGGUGCAUUUGUUGUUGUUUCUGAUGUGCUGAAAGCAUUUGAUUCUAUUGAUCAGGAUAAGCUUCUUAGUGUAUUGAAAGAUGUCAUACAGAAAGAUGAAUAUCUUCUUAAACAGUCCCAUCAAGUAGUCUGCACGGAUAAAUCUUUGUGGGUUCAUAAGAACCUUGUAUUGAUGGAUCAAAAUAUGAGCACUGCGAAAGUCACAUCUUCUAUUCCCUUUUGUUCACUGCAUACUGUCUUCGUUAACCAGGAGUGGAGCAGGCAUGUGAAAAAAGAAGAGUUAUUUUUCAAUUUAAAGGAACAUGUUAAGUACAACGUACUGCAAUUAGAUAAGAAGUUUUUCAUUCUAGGUGUAGGUAUUCCUCAAGGAAGUAUUGUGUCAUCUCUGCUUUGCUCAUUUUACUAUGGACAUCUGGAAAGAAAUUUGAUCAUUCCGUAUCUUGAGAAGGCUGGUGAAGCUGCUGCUAAAGAUAUAUCUAGAAGACAUAUUUCUAAUGAUGUUUCUGCAGAGGAAAGUAGCGGGGAUGGAUAUAUACUUCUUAGAUUUGUUGAUGACUUCCUUCUCAUUUCAACCUCAAAGAAGCUGGCUGCUAGCUUCUUUUCCAGGUUGCGAAGAGGAUUUCAUGCGUACAACUGCUACAUGAAUGAUGACAAAUUUUCUAUCAAUUUUGAUAUUGGAGACUUAUCAGGGAUUCCAUCAAGCAGGGUUUAUGUGGGUGAAGAUGGUAUUUCAUUUAUUCGAUGGAGUGGAUUGCUUAUCAAUUGUUUCACUUUAGAAGUUCAGGCAGACUACUCAAAGUAUCUGAAUAACCAUUUAAGUUCGACUCUUACUGUCAGCUGGCAAGGUAAACCAGGUCACCAUUUGAAGACAAAGCUAUGUGGCUUUAUGAGACCUAAAUGCCAUCCUAUAUUCUUCUGUUCAAAUAUUAAUUCUGCAGAUGUUGUCAGAUUAAAUAUAUAUCAGGCUUUUCUGGUAUGUGCAAUGAAAUUUCAUUGCUAUGUUUGUGACUUAACGUACAUAUGCAAACUUCGCAAGGGAUUCUAUCUAAAAAUGAUUCAAAAAUCUGUGAGGUAUAUGUACAAGCUCAUAAAGAAACGGAUACGUUCUGCAUACUGCUAUUCUGAUAUCCAGCCUAUACUUCAGUUGGAGGAAGAAGAAGUUGGAUGGCUUGGAUUAUAUGCGUAUAUCCAGGUACUGAAGAGAAAAGAAUCACGGCAUAAACAGUUGCUAUCUUCAUUAAGGUGUGAGUUGGCACAUAAAAUACAUACAAGUGAGCCACUGCCUUCUCAACUAAAGUAUGCAGUUGAUGCCUCACAUUCGUCCUUAAUUUGGAAAAUUAAGUAUUAAAUUCUUGAAGGUCUCUCCUAACUAGAACAUGGCAAGUGAAUGUAAAGACGCAUCUGGCGAGAAGCAGAUUUUUGUACGGAUAGAUUGGCAAAACAGGGAGCUUCUCAAAGGGAUAGAGAGAUCUUUUAUGAUACAUGCCCUACAUAUUUGCUAACCUUUCUUUUUUUGGACUUGAUGGGAUUCGACACAGCCUGUGUAUGUCGCUAAUGAAGAUGCUGUUUUGUAAUUUACCUGUGUUUUGUGGUCUGUAAUAUACUAGUCUGUGUAUGGUAGUAGUAUGGUUGUAAGGCUGUCAUCCCUUUCUGCUGUUUGUGAUGGUUUGCUCUGUAUAUAAGUGAUGGUUUUAUUUAUAUUUCCCUUUUGUUCAACAAAAAAAGAAAAAAGAAAAAAGAAAAAAGGACCAAUUUAGGGGGUGGAAGAAGAAUAAAUGGAACAUGGCAUCUCCACAUGUUAUCUAUA